AUGCUCAGACAUUCACAGUCCAAGGCCUUGGCUGCUGCUGCCAGCACUCCAGGACUCGGCCUCGUCUGCUGGGCCGUGCGGCUUUUUGCAAACACUAAUCAUUGUUACCCAACAUCCAGGGUCAAGGACUCGGGACUCCAAUUUCAAGGAUUUCAGCAGUGCGAAAGCUCAGAGAAUGGAGAGUGA